AUGCGGACGAGGAUGACGAUGAGGACUCUGAAGUGGACUGCUAUGGACCCGGAGAACUGCGCAAUGUCUAGUCCACCCAUGAGUUGGAUAGAAAUGGCAUCGAGCCGGAGAACGUACACAAGCCCGAAUGCAGCUGCCUCCAUAGCCAAUGGAGCCAGCAAUGGCAGCAUUAAUGGAAUGCGUCCGGCCAUGUCGAUGGACCAGCUCUGUGAUCUGACGCCCAAGGAGGCGUCCUUAUCGCGAGGCCUCAUUGCCCUGUGGGAAAGUCUGAUCAAGAAGAAUGCCGAGAACGGGACGGUUAUUGAGGCGGUCAUCAAGGAGGACGAACGGAAAUGAUAGCAGAAGCUCUUUAUCAACGAAUUAAUUUAAACCAUUAAAAAACGUGAAAUAAACAUACAUAUUUAAUAUA